UAUAUACAUUGGUGCUACGUUUGUUAAAUUAGAAAAAUGAGUGUAGGCACAUCUAAAUGUUGAAAUGCUUUAAAAAAAAAUCAUAAAUGUUGAAGAGUUGGAGAUCAUUGAUUGCUGUCCAGCUUGUAUUUAGGACUUGGGAGUUGUGAUGCCUUACGGCGUAUGUUAAUGUCUAUACUCUAUAGGGAAAAAAACAAAGAGACCAUUUUUUUGUUGAGAGGCUCUUUGCCAGACGGCAUUUCGCUACCUGACCUGACGGGGUGCAUACAAAAAGGUCCGCCGAAAAUUGUGAAAAAAAAAGGGUCGAAUACUAAAGAACUCAACGGGUGGUGGAACCUGACAAUGGAGCCCCAUCAAACAGUUGCCGUAACAGGCGGUGCAGAACGAAGAGAUGCAGAUUGAAGAAAAUCGAGACACAAGGAAUCUCUUUACAGUAAGCUUCAUUUUCAAUACAUUCUUCAAAUAUCCUGCUUGUGAUGAGUUCGAAGCCUAGCAAAUUACUGAUUGAGGCUGACAUCCCUAUAUAAUUCCAAGCGUACUCUUGUUCAGAGCUGGUGUUUAUUGAUGCAUUCUAAGUGCUCGACUUCUGCUCUCAAAGAACAAUUAUGCGUCGAAUAUCCAUCAAUCAAGUACUAUGGCAGACCAUGCAAUCAUUUCCUCAAAAGUAUAUCAAACCAAUUAAUUUCUUUCCGGAGUUUGCUUCAAACCCUUUUCCAGAAUCAAGUGCUUUAUACAUUCAAAUCAUGCAAAAAUCUUCUGCUGGAAGACCCAAGAAGAAGGUAUACGAGCGAGUCUAUGAUCUUGACAGAGUUGUAGACCUGCAGAAGAAGCCAUCUAUCAUUCUAGAGCUCAAAAACAUCAUUCUUAAAAGUAAAACACACUCUAUUCUCAUUCGAGACCUUGAGAAAGAAGUUGGGUUUGUUCAGAAAUGGAAUUUCAUGGCUGUUAUUGAAAAAUAUCCUUCAAUAUUUCAUGUUACCAAGGAUGCUGGAGGAAGCAGAUCACCCAUUAUGGUUAAGUUGACAGACAAGGCACAAAAAGUUGUUGCUGAAGAAGAUGAUGCUAGGAGGCUGAUGGAACCCAUUUUAGUGAGGAGCCUCAGGAAGCUCUUAAUGAUGUCCAAGGAUUGUCAAAUUCCACUAGAGAAGAUAGAACUCAUACAUUCCGAAUUGGGUUUGCCUAAAGAUUUCAGUGACUCAUUGAUUCCAAAGUAUCCUGAAUUCUUCUCUAUAAAAGAUGUCGACGGGAGACCAUAUCUCCAUUUAGAAAGUUGGGAUUCUUCUUUAGCUGUCACUGCGAGUGAAGAGAAAUUUCAAAUACUUGCAGCUACAGAAGCUGGGAAAGACAAAGGGGGCUUGGAUUGUGGUGGGUAUAACAAGAAGGAUUCCAAGAUCAGUAGAGACGGUAAUUUCUUUGGACCAUUUGCUUUUCAUUUGAAUUUCCCUGCUGGAUUCAGACCCAACACCAAGUACCUUGAAGAAGUCCUGAAAUGGCAAAAGAUGCCCUUUCCAUCGCCGUAUUUGAAUGGAAGAAGGUUUGAUCCUGCAGACCCAAAAGCUCGAAAAAGGGCGGUUGGAGUACUUCAUGAGAUCCUAAGUUUGACAAUGGAGAAAAGGAUGAGUUCUACGCAGUUGGAUGCAUUUCAUGCAGAAUAUCAGUUACCAAGUAAGUUAUUACUUUGUUUGGUUAAGAAUCAUGGUAUUUUCUAUCUUACCAACAAAGGAGCAAGAAGUACUGUAUUCCUCAAGGAAGCUUACGAUGGUUCAAAUUUGAUAGAGAAGUGUCCGUUGCUUAAAUUUAAUGAUAAGUUUGUAUCACUUGGCUGUAGAAGAGAUUUCAAUUUCAAUAGUUCGACAUCAUCAUGUGUUUAGUCAUAAAUAUUGUGUUUCUUUUCAUCUAGCACUCUCAUUAUAGUUUGAAAAAACAUGGAUGUUGGGUUGAAUAGGUCUUCCCUUUCAUGUAUAUAAGAGAACAUUAUAUGUUAUAAUAGUUUGAUGCCUCUUUAUCAAUAUCAAGUUCUUCCCCUUCCCUAUUUUUUUAAUUAGUCGCAACGCUUUUAAUUAGUUGUAAUUAGUUGUAACGUCUGUUUU